CAUGGUCCCAUUUGCCCAUUUUACGUCUCGCUGAUCGGCAUGGGAGCGCUUGCUGCGUCUGUGAUGUCAUCGGUUGACUCUGCCCUUCUGUCUGUCGCCUCCCAACUGGGCCGAAAUAUCUUCAAGAAUGUCAUCUACAAAGGGGUCACGUUGUCUACAACCCAACAAAUCAAACAUGACACUCUAAAACCUCCUAUCUCAUUCCCCUCUGACAGGAUUAAAAAGUUGUCCCAUGACUGAACCCCACAUUAAAGAAAAUGCAGUCACCAACACCAUCAACCACAAUAUGCCCUCUUGGCUCUUUCCAGAUGUGUCACGUCUUAUCUACUAAUAGAAGCAUUUUAAACGACUUUUAACCCUUGUGCAACGUCUCGGCUAAAUGCACCAACUCAGGAAGUGUCGUUGACCACAGACGGACGGACAGAAUCAGAGUCCUUCGUUCCCGACGUCCUUAUUUGAGCGCUGUGCAAAAUAGUCUUGGAGACUGUUGGAAAAACUGCAACGUUUCACAUGAAUCAGUAUGUUGAAAAGGAAAAGAAGGUCCCGGCAGCAGUUCGGGGGGAGGAUCCGGCGCGGGAAAAAAGUGGUGCACAGGAACAGCCCGCCACACCUCUCCACGGCAGAGCGGAAGGUGAAGCGCCGGAAGCGGGAGAUAAACCACAGUCCCAGCGGCCCCCCUUGAAAGCGAUCCCCCUCCGGGUGGUUCAGAUGCCGGUCAAACCCGCUCCCGCCUCGCGGGAAGCAGGCAGCGCGGGGACCAAAGACGGCCAGAAGCCUCACACCCAGCGGGUCACCUUGCACCAGUGGGUGUCGCAGAUUGCGACGAACUCGCUCUCGCUCCCGCCGCUGCCGCCGCUGCCCCCGGCCAGGUUUGGAGGCGGAGACGACGCCAAGCCGAGCAUCCGGCGGAAAAAGCAGAUCCGACCCCCGGCGGACCGGUUCACCUGCGGCGUGUGCGACAAGAGCUUCCCGUACCAGUCCAAGCUGAUGGACCACGAGCGCAUCCACACGGGGGAGAAGCCUUUCGCGUGCCCGGCGUGCAGCAAGAGCUUUCGAACGCAGGCGUUCCUCAACAACCACCUGAAGACCCACAGCACGGCGCGGCCGUACGCCGACCGGCGUUGCGGCAAGUGCGGCAAGUGCUUCAACAAGCUCCAGAGCCUGACUAAGCACAUGCUGGCCCACAGCGGCCAGAAGCCCUUCUACUGCAACAUCUGCAACAAGGGCUUCACGCAGUCCACCUACUUCAAGCGGCACAUGGAGUGCCACACGAGCCAGAUGACGUUCCCCUGCAAGCACUGCACCAAGAGCUUCCCGACGGCGUUCAAGCUGACCAACCACGAGCGCUGGCACACCCGGGACCGGCCGCACAUGUGCGAGCGCUGCGGGAAGAGAUUCCUGGUGCCGAGCCUGCUGAAGAGGCACAUGGGCUACCACAUCGGGGACCGCCAGUACCUCUGCUCGCAGUGCGGCAAGACCUUCGUCUACCUCUCGGACCUGAAGAGGCACCAGCAGGACCACGUGCCCAAGGCGAAGAUCCCGUGCCCCGUGUGCCAGAAGAAGUUCUCCAGCAAGUACUGCCUGAGGGUCCACUUGAGGAUCCACACGCGGGAGAGGCCCUACCGGUGCUCCAUCUGCGAGAAGACCUUCACCCAGGUCGGAAAUCUGAAGGUGCACAUCCGGCUGCACACCAACGAGCGCCCGUUCAGCUGCGACGUGUGCGGGAAGACCUACAAGCUGGCGUCCCACCUGAACGUCCACAAAAGGACUCAUACGUGCAAAAAGCCCUGGACGUGCGAAACGUGCGGAAAGGGCUUCUCCGUCCCCGGCCUCCUGAAGAAGCACGAGCAGUUGCACCUGCGGGACGCGAACCCGGACUUCGCCGGCAAGCGGAGGCACCGGGGGAAGCACAAGAAGCACUCGCUCAAGAGGAAGUACGACGAGGAGGACGAAGGCAGCGACGACUAUUAGUCGACGACACGGGUUUUGUAUUGAGCAGUGAUUGACGACUGACGUAAUCAAGAGGAACUCAUUUCUUAGCUUGUGGUAGAGUUUAGGUUACCGCGACCUUCUGGGUAGUGAACACACAUUUAGAAUGAUGUUAGAACCUUCUUUCUUUUUCUUUUUCUCAAUCACCAGUUUUAAAGACACCCCUUAUGAUUUGAGCUGUUUGGUCUGAAUGUAGCCAAAUUUUAAAAAAAUGUGCAUCAUGUCAACUAUAUACAGUAAAGAAUAUUUCAAUGCAUGUGACUUUAGAGAAUUUGUAUUAUGUAACAGGAUGUAAUGUCUCGAGGAAACAUUUUAUUUUUGUUUAGAAGCUGUAGAGGCUGUAGAGGCCUACAUGUAUCACUCACUUCUUAUGUAGCCCUGAACUGUAAACAUACAAUUACUCUGCUAUUGUUAGCGUGAAACUAAGCUGAUUUGCAUUUAUUAGGAUUUCUUACUUUCUUUUUUUUCCAGCCGUAGGAGCCGUGUUGUUGCUGAAUGUGUGGCUGUGAAUGUCAUCGCCGUCAUUACUUCUGCUCUUGUGAGCUGCCAUGUAUACAAGCCAUGAAGCAAUUAACUGGUUUUUGAUGUUUUGCAGAAAAAUAAAUUACAGCACUAAACAAAUGAA